AUGGAGAAAACCCCAGCGAGGGAUCUCAGCCUAAAACCGAUCGUGAUCGCAGGCCCUGUGAUCAGGGACAAGAAGUUUCUGCAAUGGCUGGGCAAGGUCCUAGAGCUCAGCUGGCUUCGGAACAAGGACAUAGAGGAGCGCAAGGGACUGUUGGGAGAGUUGCUUCCCUCCUUCGCUAACGGAGCUGUAGAGAACAACGACUUCCUCUCCCUCCAGGAGAUCCUAGAAAAUAUGGAUGUGAACUGUGGGGACUAUGACGGCACCAAACCCCUGCUGAAGGCCUGUGAGAUUGGUAACCUGGACAUGGUCAAGUACCUGCUGGCCAAAGGAGCCUCCCAGCAUUUGAAAGACCGCUUCGGAAACACACCCCUACGCCUGGCCAUUAUCAACAGGCAUUAUGACGUCAUCAAGUUCCUGAGGAUGAGAGAGGCGUCACUGGCUAUGCCCGCAGUGAGGAUCGGCGUGGAGCUGCUGCAGGCGGUGGCCAAGAAAGACUACCAGCUGCUUCAUGCCUGGGCACUGUCUGGAGUGGACAUGGACUCUAAGGACUACAAUGGACGCACGGCCAUGCACCUGGCUGUCAAGAUGAGGGACACAGUCAUGGUCCGCAGGCUGCUGGAGUAUGGGGCAACCCCGCUGGAGAUAGAUAUCUGGGGCCAGACUCCGGUGGACGAGGCCCGUAAAGGCAACAUGUUGAGGAUCAUGCUGGUGUUCCACCCCCUCUUCACUGAGCAGCUCACCACCAAGCUGGCCUACCUGACCUGCAAGGCCCAAGCCCAGAGGAACAAGUAAUGGAAGAAGACCCUGGAUGUGUCCCAAAUGGCACCCUAUUCCCUAUAUAGUGUACUACUUUUGACCAGGACCAUAGGUAAUAAAGUAAACA